AUGGAGCUGCCGGUCAUCCUCACGACGCGCACCGGAAAGCUUGUGGUGAUUGCCUCCGUCGCAGCCGCCGCCGCCGCCGCGGUGGUCCUCACGGCCGUCCUUCUCGGCGUCCUCCUGACGCUUCCCAGCGAUAAUGCCUACCUGCCCCAGAGCGGCAAGCACGAGAUGCUCGUGGCCCAGAAGGACGGCGCGUACCGCAAGAACGGCCAGCCGGUCAUCCUCGCGCGCAGCUACGGCGGCAACCCGUGGGAGGCCGUGCCCGACCUCGACCGCCAGCCCGUCGAUAUCCAAUGCAACGACGACAACCAGUGUACGAUGCAAACGGACGUGGACUACAACGUCGUGUCGGUGGUCGUGCCCGAGGAGCUCCGCAACAUGACUGCGCUCCACCUCGCCGCGCGCCUCCACCAGCAGGCCACCUUCGGCGCCAACCUGGCCACGCUCGCGCGCGUGACGGAGGUCUACGGCACCAACUACGGCAAUUGGAUCCGCGAUCAGAUGAGGCUGACGCCCACGCUGCUGCGCUCGUACUACCGCGACCGCGCCAACGCGCGGCCCGGCAUGUUCGACGUGGGCCAGAAGACGGCGCCCUGCGACAUGGGAUCGCGCUGGCACCGAUACAUGAUAACCUCCAAUCCCUCGCCUCGCUACAUGAAGGAGGUCGUGCGAGCCUUCCGCACGGGCGCUUACCGCGGCGUCGAGUUCUCCGGGCGCUACGGCGAUCUGGCGGCUACGAUCUACGCUAUCUUGAUGGAUCACGAGGCGCGCUCGCCCAUCGUCGAAGCUGAUCCCACCUUCGGCAUGUACCGAGAUCCGUUGGUCAAGCUCUUGCAUUUGAUGCGCUCUCUCGACUACCAAUCGCCCAAGCAGCGCGAGGUCGCCUUCGCCGACUUGGACGAUCGCCUCGGCGUUCAGCCGUUCUCGGCGCCUUCGGUGUUUGGUUUCUACCUGCCCGAGUUCAGACCAGCUGGACCGGCCGACGAGCACGGGCUCGUAGGCCCGCAGCUGCAGCUCGCGACGACGCCCAAUCUGAUCGGUUUCCUGAACGGCCUCACGUCUCUGAUCGAUCAUGGCCUCACUUCGUGCGAGAACGGAUUGGGGGUCUACGGACCAUCGCGCAGAUGCGUCGCUACGGGACCUCAUCCUACUGCCGAUGGUUCUCUCACCUACACCAUGCCCAUCAAUGGCACCGUGAACGACCUCGUAGAUGAGCUCAGUCUGGCCCUCACUGCGGGACGCCUCCACCGAAGCACGCGCGAAACGCUCGUGCGCGAAUAUCUCAGCGUCCUCGGUCCCAACGUGACGGUCAACACGACAGCCGCUGCGCUCAGGCAUGCCCUCAAGGUCCUCGUGACGAGCGCCGAAUUCCAGACGACGAGCUUCAAUUCGAUCAGCAACAAACCGCGCCUGGAACCGGCACCGGUUGCCUCUUCGGGCCGCGCUUUCAAGGCCAUCGUGGUGGUCUUCGAGAUGGGUGGCGCCGAUAGCUUCAACAAGCUCGUCCCUCACUCGGACUGUACCGGGAAGGAUCUCUACGCCGAGUACGCUACCGUCCGCGCCGGUGCCGCUCUGGAUAAGACCUUGCUUCGACCGGUCAGCGUUCCUGCCGGACAACAGCCUUGCACCGUCUUCGGUGUCCAUCCGGCGAUGUCCAACCUUUCGAAGUUGUACUCCGACGGCGACGCUCUUACAGAAAGAGGACCGUGA